CCGGAGAUACAAGAGGUGCACAGUUGGGAGGGAUAUACACCCGAGCAGAAGGAGGUCCUCCAUUGGGACCAAUACGUGAAUAUGACUUAUCCGGACGACAUCGGCGAUGAUGAGAGUGUCCACUCGUCUGAUCCCAACUUUAAAAACUUGAAGAAUAUGUAUAAACGGGCGGAAAGGCGCUGGAAAUACGCCGAUAGGAAUGGCGACUCAGUUCUCGUGAAGGAUGAAUACAAAGACUUCGUUCAUCCGGAAGAGUCCGAUCGGACUAAAGAGAUUUUGGUGGACGAGGCUAUGGAGGACAUGGAUAGUGAUACUAAUGGAGAGAUAUCCCUCGAGGAGUACAUGAAUCACAUCAAUGAGAUGUCGUCCGAAGAGGAGAAGAGUGAUCCUAACUUUGCUCAGGUGCAACAAAACCACUUCACGUCAUACUUAGAUAAGAACAAAGAUAGUGUCUUAAGCAAAGACGAGUUGAAGGAGUGGUUGGUUCCCACGUACGACCGACACGAAGCCGAAUCGUGGAGACUAAUCCAAUCGGGCGACCAGAACCAGGAUGAGAAGCUGUCCAAAGAGGAGAUCCUCGAGCAUACGGAUCAGUACUUGAGUCUCAUUCCACCCGAAUUCUGGCAUCAAUUCAAUGCCGACCACACGACCACCCCUUCCACUCCCAAUCACGAAGAUCGACUCAAAUAUUUCUCGUUGAACGCUAUCCACUAA